CGGCCUCAAGAUCCCCGACUGCGGUGGUCAGUCGUUACCGACAUCGUACCAGCAUUAGACGAGCGAAACGACCGCAUAUCACCAUUCCUUCUCACUACGAGUUCCUGCAUGACGGCAUGGCGUUGGUUGGCGUUUUUUUUUUAAAUUUCUCACCAAGGAAAAUACUCCUUUGUGAUCUCUGGCAUCAUCCAUUUGCAGUUGAGGAAGUUUUUUUUUACUCUUCUUCCCAAGGCGCGGCAUCAUAUCCAUCUCCUUGCCCAACGAAAAAAAGGGCCUUGUAUAUUUGGGAUCGGGGAGCACACGUGUGCUUAUCUGGUUUUGUUGUCUUUUUGGUUUUCCUUUUUUUUCAAUUCCCGAUCCGCGAUAUCUUGGUCGGUUGGUGGCUUGAUUUGCUUGCUCUCAUGCCCGCGACCUUAUCUGAGCGGACAUGUUGGGAGAGUGGAAUACCCUCUGUUUUCGGUGGGGUUGGCUGGGCCUGUUUCCUUUUGUUACAUGGAAUAAUGUAUCGGAGAUUGGAGGGGAUGGGCGGGGUGGGGUUAUGGGAGGAAGAGAGAGGAACAUAAAGUCUGGCUUGUAUAUAUACGCACAUACGACAUCACUUGGGAUGAAAGAAUUUACUCCGGCUGGCUGGAAACAUUUUAAUCCAAGCCAAGUUGGUUUGCACUGCGCCGAGUUUGAGAGUUGUAUUUCAUUGCCAUAUUUUACAAUUUGAUAGAAUGGUCAAGGGGUGGGUUGGCAUGCUUGUUGAGCCCGACAUAGAAAUAAUGAGAAAUGCCAAAUGACUUUUGAAA